UGGCUUUAACGCAUAAAUUUAUAAUUAAUCGCUUUCACAUAAAUGAAUUUUUAGAUUUUAUUGACAUAUUAAUAUUUAAUAUUAAUAUUUACGUUCAAGAUUUAAUGUAAUCUGAACAAGGAGCAUCACACAUCUCAAUGUGAACAAUUAGCAACAGAAAAUUAGGAAAUUUCGCAACAUAAAAUCCAUCCGCCACCAUUUUUAGAGAGACUGUAAAUUGUUAUUCCAUUUUCCGUGUUUUCUCUUUCAUAUCAACAUGUGAAGCGGGCAGCAAACUAAAAUCAUACAGAAACAAUAAGGAGUACAAAUGUACAAUUGCUUGGAAAAUCCACUAUAUCGACCGCCAUAUUACUUUACAAAAUUGCGCGUUGUCAUGACAACAAAAGUUGAAACAAACAUGGCGGCAGCAAAGACAAAUACUUUCAAUAAUAACAAAAUGCCACAUAAGGGUACAACAUAUAUGGGAAACAUUGCGACGGGGAAUGGCUUGGAAAUAACACCAGAACUUCAUCUUAAGAUGUCUAAGAAAAUUGCCCAGCUCACCAAAGUGAUUUACGCUUUAAACACUAAGAAUGACGAACACGAAAGCAUUGUCGAUUGUCUUAAAGAAAGGCACGAAAAUGAUAUGCAACGGUUACUUGAAGAGACAAGAAGCCGAACAAAUGAACUAAGAUUGAGAAUUGAAAAAUAUGAAAAAGAAAAGACCAACAUGCAAAGUCUGGAGCAACGGUUGCACGAAGAAAGCGAAAAAAGAAAGCAGAUUUUAGUGGAAUUCGAAAAGUACAAAUUAUCCGCAGAGGAAAUUCGGGAAAAAAUGGAGGAAGAAAACGAAUUAAGGGCUAGUGAAAGCAUCAGGCUUAUCUUACAUAGCAAAGAAAACUUUGAGAGGCAAUUGGAAGAAUUUCAAAAUACAAGGAGGCUAAUGGAACAGGACAAAGAUGUAGCAAUGCAAGAGCUAGUUGGUAAACACCACGAAGAACUUGAACAGUUAAUGAAAGCACAUAGACUUAGGUAUGAUGAAGUUGUGAAGGAGAAAGAUCGACUCAAAAAAAAUCUUGAAGCUCAGAUAAACGAAUUAAGUAGUUCCCCUGAAGUACUUCGCGCAGAACGAGAGAAAAUAGACCGUGAGUACAAGACAAAGUUGGAAAAACUCAAAUCUCUUUAUGAGAAUGAACUAAGUCAUGUCAGGGAAGAGACUGUAAGAGCUCAAACUUUGCUAAAAGAAUAUGAACAUAAAGAAAUUGAUCAAAAAAAUACGUGGAGAAUUCAAGAAAAACAGUACCAAAAUACGAUCUCUACUUUGCGUAAGGAACUGGAUACCACAAACAAUAAAACGGCGCUUUUGGAAAAGGAAUUGUCAGAUUUCACAAAAGAGGUUGCUUUAAAAAACGACGGCUUUGAAGCGAUAAUGAAACAAUUGAAUGACGCUGAAAAUCGAAGAAGUGAACUUGCUAAGGAGCUUGAAGAAACUCAAACUGAGCUACGAGUAUCAAUAAAACGUUCUGAAUGUUUAGCUGACGAGUUAUCGCAUAAAACAUGUUCGCACAACAAGCUCGAGGCGACGUGCUUGAAUCAAGAACAGAGCGUAAAGGAAUUGAAGAAAAACGUGGAAUCCAGCAAAGAAAGAUGUUUCAAACUUGAAGAGGAAUUAAAGUUACUAAAAAAUGAUAAACACAGUUUGGAAACAGACUCCGAACAACAAUUAUAUUUACUUAAACAGAACCUCGAGUCUCUUGAAAAUGAAAACGAACACAUCAGAUCUAAAUACAUUGAGGAGUUAGCGUCAACGAAAGAAGAAUCAUCAAAACGCGAAAACGAUCUGCAAACGCUACACGGACAGGAGUUGAGCAACAUGAUAGAAAAACACCAACAGAUAAUCUCUGAAUUAAAAUCGAACCAUGAAACAUCACUGUACGACGAAAGAAGAACUCAAAGCAGAAUCAUUACUAGAAAAGAAAAAGUUUCAAGGGAAAAGGAUAAGAUCAUUCAAGAGAAUGAAAGAAAAUUGGUUAGCUUACAAAAACUGUACGAAGAAGAAACGAAGAAAGUGAAAUUAUUGUCUUCUCGGAUGGAAGAAAGCGAACAUGGACUUGACUCAGCGUCGUCUACAAUUACCGCGUUAAACAAUAUCAUUAAAGAAAAACAGGCGGAUGUUUCUCGUAUGGAAAAGGAAUUGGUAUCAUUGAAAAAUCUUGUUGAACAAUUAAAGAAUGAGGCGGAAGCGACAAAAAUUGCCUUGGAGAAAGAGAAGAGCAAAGCAAAGCUAACUUUAGAUCAAAGUUUAAAAGACAUGCGACAACAAUUAACAAAGGAAUGGAGUGAAAGGCUGAAGUCUGAAAGUUCUACGUUACGUACACUGUUAAAUGAGCAACAUAAAGAUGGACAACAUGCUGCUUUGAAACAGCUGUCAGCUUUGAAAGAGGAAGAAAAGAAAGACAUACGACUCAACGCUGAAAAGGACAUGGCAAUUCUACAAACAAAGAUCAACGAACUUGAGAAAGAACUCAAGGAUGCUGCUUCACGAUUCUUGUCCUUCGAAAGGUCGUUAAAAGAAACGGCGAGUAAAGAACGAAAGAGAAUCGAAGAUGAACGAUCAAUGGAAACGUUAGAGCAUCAGGAAAAGAUGAACAAUUUAGAAUUGAAACAUCAACAAGAACUAGCGCUUUUUAAGGAAAUCAAGGAACAAGAACUGAAGGAACUGGAGGCGAAGCUAAAACAGCAACACGACGAAGAAACGUUAUCUCAACUCAAAGCUUCCAAGUUGAGUAUGGAGGUCGUGAAAUCACAAGCUGAGCUUAAUGCAAAGGAGAAGAUGGCGGAGGAAAGAGUCCAAUUUGACAAAGAGAAACAAAUUCUGGAAAAUGAACUUAUACGACGUCGUAAAGAUGAAAUCAAUAAAAUGAAGAACGACUUCGAGUCGCAAUUAAGCGCCCUGAAGUUGCAACUUCAAGAAAGUGACGAAUUGCGCGUGAAAGAGACUGACAGAUACGCUGUACAAGUUGAAGAGCUCAGUAGUAGCAUUCUUAAGAACGAAGUGACCAUGAACGAAAUUAAAAAUCAACUAUCCGAGAGCCAAAACAACGAAAAGAAAUUGCAGGACGAAGUCGAAUCUAAAGUUCAAGAAAUUUUCAAUGUCAGACGAGAAACGAAUAACCACAUAAGAAAAACGGAGGAAAAGCUGGCGAAAGCGCAUCAGAAAGAAAUGGACUUGCAGGUUGCCGACCAUCUAAGGGAAACACAAAACUUGGUUUAUGAAUUCAAUCGUGCUCAGGAGCAUUUAAAGGAAAAAUGUUCUGCUCUCCAACUCAUGCUUGAAGAAGCAGAAGCCAAAUUUCGAGGUCGACCGCCUCGCGAUGAAGACAUGGAAGUAAUACAGAGCUUAAAAACGGCGUUGACUCUUCGAGAUCAAGAACUAAGAAAAAUGUUGGAUGAAAAACGGUAUUACCAAUUGGAGUUGCUGAAUAGAGAGACAAACUUCAAUAAAGUAUUUGGAAACUCUUCACCCAACAUUGGUGUGAUUAAUCCACUUCAAUAUAAGAAAAAGCCGGGAAAGGACCAUUUAACAGGUCAAGGAAGCGCCAUGACGCUGACGUCAUCUAGACUUGAUCCCAUGCCUCCGUCUAAUCUCUCUGUUCACGAAAAGAAACUGAACAACACGAGCCCUCUGCCACCAACACAAAGCAAAAAACUGAGCGCAAAUAAACGAUUGAGCGUUUAUUGAAAAGUGACAAAUAAAACCACUCUAAUCGUUAUUUGACAUGUAAAAGUAACUUUGUUCUAUAGAGAAUAUAUUCAUUAUUUUAUAUCGAA